AUGACAAGUAAAGCCUUAGAAAAUUAUUUGAAAAUGGAAACAAACUCAAGAUGGAAAGCUUUCCAGUCAACUUGUGUAAACUGUAAAGGCUUAAUCUUGCAUCCUUUCGGUGAACUUUACAUUGCUCAGCAAAAUUUAAUUGUGAAAACUUCAAAUACCGAAAUUAGGCUAAAGGAAAUAUAA